AUGGCUUCUGUCACCGGACCAGAUAGCGACAACGGCUCCGAAUUAACGACUCCCGUUUCUGGUGAUACGCCAACUCUCCCUGGCCAGGAACAACCUUCAAUUCGGGCUCUUUUUGAAGCCCAUGACGACGCGGCCUACGACCUAGCGGUGGCCCAGAUACCACGGGACCACCGAGUACAAGUCAAAGGGAUAUGGUACGUGCGGUAUGAACCGUAUCGUAAUAGACGGCCCCGCCGUUCAGCCUGGUAUUGGGCUAAAGAGCAGGCCGAGGAGUUGAUCCGGACAUCUAAAGGCUUGGAUGAUAGUGGAAGAGAGUUACGAAACCGCAAGAUCUGGAAGUGUAAGCACUGUAAUGAAGUUCAGUUUGCAGAUGCAAACUCCCAAAAUAAACCGACCCACCUCCUUGUUCAUGGGAUCUCCAAACACGGCCGGAAAACCCCUCGUGAAUGGGUCCAAAGGGCCACCUUAGCCCCUUCGAACAGCGACAGCGGGGACGAUGAUGAAGAUACCACGCCAAUACGCCAGUCAGGGUCAUAUGUCCAGCUGGCUACAACUGUCAAGAGAGCCCCUUUUGAGGAAGCUUUAAUUGCAUUUUUUGUAGUCUGCCAGAUAGCGCUUAGACUCGUCGCAGACGAGCUAUUCGUAGGCUUUCUUCGAAUAGUAUACCCAUCGAUCGACAAGUUGUUGCCGGGCUGUGGGAAUACAUUACGAGCCCUAGUUUUGGAGGCGUUCAACAAGCGGAAGGAACACCUGAAGGGGGUCCUGGCCCGGUCAGUCAGCAAGAUUCACUUCUCCUUUGACCUCUGGACGUCUCCAAAUCAUUUGGCUCUCCUCGGAGUAGUUGCUCAUUUUAUUGAUGAAUUUGGUCAGAACCAGUCGGUAUGUUUCCUUUAA